CAAAAAAUACUUGACUAGCAUUCCAACUCGAAAUAAUAUAGUUGCAGAAAAUAAUGAGAGAUUAACCGCAAUUUUUGAUGAUGCUCCAUUCAAUCGUCAAGAAAUUCUAUUUAUGGCCAUUGAUAAUGAAGGGGCAAUGGUAACACUUUCUGAUAUUCCUGUAUUCUUUGACAUUCUUGUACCAGACGGGAAGUGUCCGAAUGAAUGUGAAACAAAAUUAUCAUAUGAAAAAAAGUCAUAUUUACAAAUUUAUAUGAGUGGUACUGGUAAAAGAAAAAUAGCCAUUAAAGCCAUUCAAGAAAAUAACUUCAAAACUGCAUCUGAUAAUUUAUACUCAUUUCAUCAAAAG